AUGCUACCGUUGGAGGGUCGCAGCAAGUCGAUCUUUAUCGUCACUACUAUCUUUUUGGGUAUUUCGUUUAUUGCGGUUUGUCUGCGAUGCUUUGUUCGACUCAGGCUCAUCAAGGCCUUCGGCUUGGAUGAUGCGCUGAUGGUUUUCGCGAUGUGUCUCAAUAUUCUUUUUGCGCUGUGUGGAAUCACUGGCUCGUUGUAUGGGCUGGGUCAGAAGUCACUGGAGCUCCUGCUGGUACGAAAGACCAUGGAGACCGCUAUGUUUUUACGUAUGGACUUGCACCAUAGCAAAGAUCUCUAUCGCCGUCGCUCUUCUCCGCCUUACGGUCGUGCGGGCUCAUGCGAUCAUCCUUUGGGGGUCAUCGGCGUGACCUCAGUUGUCGGUCUGAUUUUCUGGUUCAUAUUGACUCUUCAGUGCCAACCCGUCUCCUUUUUCUGGACUCGGGUUCGACUGGAGCUCGAUCCGACCGCGCCCGUCCACGGUACUUGCCUGAGUCUAGAUACCCUCCUCGAUAUGUCCUACGUCUACAGUGCUACCGCUGCGUUGUGUGACUUUACCUUGGGAAUUCUGCCUGUAUUCCUUGUGUGGAAUCUCCAGAUGAAUGUUAGGACAAAGGCCGCCUUGGCCGGUAUUUUGGCCCUUGGCGGUAUUGCAAGCGCUGCAGUCAUUGUCCGUAUUCCAUAUCUCUCGGACUACAAGGAUCCGGACUUUUUGUACGCAACCACCAACAUCUCUAUCUGGUCCAACGUCGAAACCGGUCUCGGUAUCGCAGCAGGCAGUCUCGUCACACUCCGUCCUCUAUUCCGCUGGCUCCGCGACCCCAGCUACAGAGGAACUCGAAGCAAGCAAACCGGCGGCAGCGUGCCACUCUCGAACAUGAGUGGAAAACAGACUACCCCCUCUACUCCUCGAUAUUGGCGACCCGAUAUAUACCAGGAUGACUCCCAUGCUGCGGUUACGACUGUUCAUACCUCGAAUCGAGGUAGUCGCACCAGCAGUCAAGAGGAUCUUAAUCCCAAGCAGCAAACGAAUCAGGCCAUGUAUUUCCAAGGCGUGAAUGUGCAGAAGACAUUCUAUGUCUCGGAGACUUCAGAAUAG